AACGCCCCGCAAACGCCUGAUAGAUUCAUUCCAUUUCGUCGACCGAGCAAAGCUCAGCGGACUAGUUUCCAACUCAGCAAAUCCGUCGACAAGUUGACAGAUGCCGAGAAGCUGUGCCGCUCUCGAUUUGUGAGCCCAGAUCCCUUUCUUCCUCCAUCUCGAAGCGAAUUACGGACUCGGUACCUCGCCACUCGACCACCCAAUGCACCAAACGAGGCGAGAACGAGCAAUACGGGUCUGCGUCCCCGGUCGGUGACACCAACAUCCCGCAGAGUGAGCGACGGAGCAGUUUGGGGGGUUGGCGGUUCCUUUGCGGCUUUCGAAGGAACCGUGGCUGUUACCGAUGGUCGUGGUGGCCUCUUUAGCAGCGGUACCAAUGCUCCUCUAUACACCUGCGCCUUUCAAGAGCAGCAAGAUCCACGUCGUGAACUUGAAGACCACGAGAGGCGCUUGGCCGUUGCAUUUGAUGUGGAUCAAAUCGAACGACUGGUGCCAACCCCCGUCACACCUGGAUCAGCGUUAUCCUCGCCGACAAGCCCUCCAACGGCCAGCUCCUCCGGAUCAUCGAGCCACCUAUCUCGCGGUUGUGGGCCGACCGUGUGGCAAAACAAUGAAUGGAUGAGGGAAGGGUCUACAUUAUUCCUUGAUGCACCACAGCUCAAAGACGACUUUUACUGCUCCCUCCUAGCGUAUUCAUACACCGCGAAUUGCUUGGCUGUUGGACUCGGGAACCAUGUCUACCUCUGGUCCGAGUCUCGCGGGGUGGAAACUCCUCAGAGCCUGAACGCUCCAUAUCAAGACGAACAUGGUGAAGCCAACCAAUCUCAUGUUAUGUCGUUAUCGUUCUCAUCACGAACGGGAGGAAAGGCCAUACUUGCCGUUGGACGUUGCCUUGGGAAUAGUGGAUGUCUGGUGUUAUGGAGUCCAUCGGAUCCUGAGCCUCGCUUUCACGAAGAUUUCUCCAGCUCAAUUUCUUGCGUUUGCUUUCGCCCAAAUCCGACCCGUCGAGAAUCUCGAAAUCUCCCCGGCACGAUGGUUGACAACGAAGAUCUCCUGGUCGGGGAUGAAAAUGGCGUGCUCUAUUUCUAUUCCGUGGAAUGGCCAAACCAGCAGGAUUACGAUGUGCUUGGAUGGGCUGGGGCUCUACACCUUGCCUGCAGUCUGAAAGUCCAUUCGCAACAGAUUUGUGGUUUGGGUUGGUCCAUGGAUGGAGAUUUCUUCGCGUCGGGAAGUAAUGACAACAGUUGUUAUCUCUUCGAAACGAAAAAGGUGCUUCACGCUGCUACCACGGCAGAGUCGGCAGAGUCGGCAGAAUCCGCAAUACAGUCGACCAAUGCUUCAAUCGUCCUACCACAUCUACCGGACCAGAACGCCAGCCAUUCAACCCGAACCGAUAUUCCUUUGGAGGACGGGUUGACUGCGACGACACUAGCGAGACAUCGGUUCUGUCUCUCCGCUGCCAUCAAAGCCAUCGCAUUCUGUCCAUUUCAACGAGGACUGUUGGCGCUUGGAGGAGGAUCGAACGAUCGCUGCAUUCACUUCUACCACACUCUAUCGGGAGCAGCACUCGCGACGAUCGAUUGCGCUGCGCAGGUCACUUCGCUCAUCUGGAGUACUACCAGACGGGAGAUCGCGGCCACGUUUGGAUUUGCAAAUCCAGAGCAUGCCAUCCGAAUCGCUGUCUUUUCCUGGCCAACUUGCGAGCAGGUCGUUGCGAUACCUUGGACUGACGAAGCUCGAGCAUUGCAUGCAAUCGGUUACCCGGGAGGACCAAACCCCAAAGGGCUGCGUGGAAACGAUGCGGAGAGGGACACGGAUGAUCGACGAGUGGAAGGGGAAAUGUGGUGCAAUCGGACGAGCCGUGAAGGGUGUUUGGUCAUUGCUACAAGCGAUGCUAGCAUUAAGUUUCAUGAAGUUUGGUCGGAACAACGAAGGAAGUCGAGCAUCAGCCAACCAAACCUGGGUCUGCUAGGCGGCAGCGCGAUUUUGGAGAGCUUGCAUGGAGUGGACAACGACGAAGGCGAUGUGAUUCGAUGA